CUCUUUAUAAACAAAGCAGCAAUCAAAAAGGCGAAAAAAUAAAAUGCGAUUUUAUUUUUCCUGCAAAGCUAGCCAAAUGUGACGAAAGUAGUUUCAUAUGGCAAAAUUUCAAAUAGAAACAGCUAAUAUUAGAAAAACAUUCAAGCAAUAAUAAAACAAUGCUAUAGGAUCACAUCCGUCAAAGUAAGCACAAAACAUGUCAGACGCAAGAUAGCAUUUUAGAAAAUAUACACGUUCCCCAAAUUUGCAAACAAAAAUAAAAGAGGAAAAGAUGAGGAAAAGACAACGCACGUUUUUUUGAUACUAAAGAAUUAACUCAGUCACUCUCACCGCCGCUCUUUCUGCAGAUUCCUCCUUAUUGACGGCUCCAAAACGCCAGAGGAGCACCGUUCGUCCUCACUGAUUGGGGGAGAAAAGCAGAGAAAACUCGGCUUUGGAGGUGGUCAGCAAAGUUACUCAAAGUUUUGUCUUUGGCGCGACUCCGGAUCCCGAGCGGCGCGCACAAAACAGUUUGUUUGCAUCACUGAUUUCUUUUAAAGGGAUAUGGACCCUGUUCUGGGGCGACCGCAGGCGUCACGGCAGGAGAAAGCAAUCACAUUUAAAAUACUAAAAGCACAUCAGUGUUGGCUCUUCUGGCCAUCGAGCUUUAAUUAUCACGCUUUUUAGUUGCAUAUUACGAGAUGAAGUGACGCUAUUUUGCAGAAAACAAACACAUAUAAAGAAAAGUCGUUAAGUUCAAUGAUCUAGUAAAUGUUAAUAUAGUGAUAUAACAGCUUAGAAAUCCAAUAUUGUUUUACUUCAUCUCCUAAUGUUGAUUUUUACGCACGAUCCACACCAGCUGACUUUAUGUAAAGCGUUUUUAUUUACACUAUAAACCGCUUAAAUUGAUCACAAGUGUUACAAGUGGGCCUAAAUUCAUCAAACAGCACCUCACUUCUACGUGAUACACCAGGAUAUGUUGCAUUCCCUCCUAAAUAGGUCAGGUGCAGAAUUAGUUUUGAUUUAGGCAGAUUUUCAACUGUUAAUCAGUUGAUGAGUAUUUCUACUUUUCAUCUCCAAAAGUCACCAUAAUUAAACUUCACAUUAUUCAUAUAUGAUCUGGAGCAUAUUAAACAAAUGAAAAUCUCAUUUCCUUGUGUGUUAUUGAGAUUGUUAAACCCAGUGGAUCCUCAUGGCUGAACAUGUCAACCCUACCGUUGUUUUUGUUUUUCUACUCAAUGCACAUUUUCUCAAAGUCCUGAGAAAAAUAAAGUACAACAUGUCAUGAAAUACUGGGUGUAUCUGUGUGCAUGCACCGGAUUCAAAUUAGGCUUUCCUCCUCGUACAUGUUCAGGGCUCUUCCCCUUUUACUAGGGCGAGGAUGGGGCGUUUGUAGACUGCUCCGUAGUCUGCGUCAUGUGGCCCAGUUUCUGCCGUCCUAUUGGUCAGAGGCACGUGUCUGGGAGGAGGGUGGGAGAACGUCACUCGGGGGGCUCGCAUUGAAAAUAAGAACAAAACUCCAGAGUGAGAGUAUUAGAGCAUCAGUUUAGGAGCCUCUUUAUUUACCCUUAGUUUAGUUUAGGUGUAGGCAUUCCAGAGGACGCACAAAUCGGAUGGUGGUAUAAAUUUGGAUGGUGCGCAAAUGGCAAGCGCUUUAGCUCUAAGAUAUCACUUGUAACCCGAUUUUAAGGGAAUAUAUGAGACAAAUUAUGCUUUUCUCAAAGGACACUACGGCAAGGCUUUGCGUGGUGUCCAAGGCACUCACUGGUAUCUGAGUUGUUUUAUUGAUUUAUUCUACCCGUGCAGUUUUUUGGGGUAAUUUCCCUCAAAGUUCUUCGCAAAAUUUCUUGCUGCGGAGGGAGCGACAAAGGGGUUAAAGAGCAUAAAGUGGGGGAAAGUGAAUCAGUAUGGAAGAAAAUGAUCACGGCAACAGAGAUGCGGUGGAGCGACAGGAGUCCGCGGAUGAAUCCAAUAGAGCCAUCCUCCCCCUGCUACAGGCGCCGGGGAACCUGCAGAUCCCGCACCGGGUUACCAAUUUUUUCAUCGACAACAUCCUCCGGCCGGACUUCGGACGCAAGAAGGACGUGGACGCUCACCUCGAUGAGAGCAGCCCAGCGUCGCGGGAGAGCCGCGGCAGCCCCGCCGCCCCUCAGACUGAGCCGGUGGGCAGCACUGUGCCAGCGGAGGGGACCUCCACUCCACACACAGUCACCGGGCCCAAGAAGCCCGCGAAAGCCGCCGAGGAGUCCCUGAAACAGAGCGGGGAGAGCGGAGACCAGUGCCUAAGCUCAGACUCAGACAGUUCCCAAGCCAGUUCCAACCCAUCCAUGUCGCAGCCCAUGUUGUGGCCAGCCUGGGUCUACUGCACCAGAUACUCGGACAGGCCUUCGUCAGGGCCAAGAUCUCGCAAACCAAAGAAGAAAACGACCAGCAAAGAGGACAAGCGACCACGGACGGCCUUCACAGCAGAGCAGCUGCAGAGACUAAAGUCGGAGUUCCAGACCAACCGGUACCUGACGGAGCAGAGGCGGCAGAAUCUGGCGCAGGAGCUGGGUCUGAACGAAUCCCAGAUCAAGAUCUGGUUCCAGAACAAAAGGGCCAAGAUCAAAAAGGCCAGCGGCACCAAGAACAGUUUGGCCUUGCACCUGAUGGCGCAGGGACUCUACAAUCACGCCACCGUCACGUCGAAAGACGAGAAAUCAGACAGCGAUUGAUUCCCAGAGAAGUAAACAGCAACCUCCUGACGAAAAAGAACCUAUAGUAAUCCUAUGAUAGAUUUAUAUAGAGAUUAAAACUCUACUUACAGGAAUAUUUAAUGUUACCACUGCAGAUACUUUAACUAUCACUCACCAUGGAUGUACACAAUGGCUCCAAGAAACCAUAACAAAUGAAUAGAUUCCCUACACGAAUUUCUAACCCAACCAUAGGCCUCUAUAGGUUCCUAUGGGAAUAUUAUAGUGAUUUUUUCGUUAUAUGGGAGGUGUAAUCAAGCCUACAAUGCAAUAAUAUGAUCGAAUAAAGGGCCAGUGUAUAGCCUUUACCAGCAUAAAUUGUUUUAAAAAAAACAGAGAGAUAUUUCUGCAAUAUCACGUCUAUAAAAGAUGUAUAAAGGUACGUUUUCAUUGUUUUUGUCGUCCCCGCCCCCUUCCCGGGGCUAUACAUGCUUACACUCUCCAUUUUUAUAAGCCGUAUAAGGAUUACUGCUAUCCAUGAUUGUCAUCGUGUUACAUUUUAACUAACUGGCACUUGACGUUUUUACUUGUCAGUAAAGUGGGAAAUUAAUAAAAAGAAAAAGAAAAAAAAAAGAAAAACUGAAGUCCAAAGAAUAUUUUUCUGCUGCAUCCAGGCUACUGUGAAUUUAAAUAUGCUAACAAGGUUUUUCUAAUGCCAUGCUCGCUUGGUUUUCUUGGUUGAUUUUUGCGUGCAAAGUGGACAGCGAAAUUUGUUAGGGCUAAUUGGGCACUGCAUUAUUAUUAUUUUUUAAUUAUUUAUUUAAUUUUGUUCCCCAAGCGUUGUUGUUGUAAUGCAGUUUGUUGGAAGUGACCAGUGGCGUUUCUUGCAGGAAUGGCACCCUGGGCGAGGUUGUCUUUUGGCCACCCAAUACAUGUAAAAAAAACCCACACCCAAAAACUAUUUUAUAGAGAAUGUUUUUAUUAUAUAAUUCAGCAGAAUCAUUUAGAGAUACACAUAUUGAACCUAUAAUUGAGCUACAUUUUUGUUGUUAUGUUUGUUUACAACACAAAGAGUUGGGGAUGCACCGAUGGACUGGCCAUACAUCAAAAUUGCAUCAUUUGUUUACUUAAAUUUUUUUUUUUACUUUGUGUCUGUAAACACAUCAACAAGCAGUGUGUACUCUGAUGUAGUUGUCUUUGGUUCAAAAUCAAGUUAAGGCUAGGGAUAUAUUCUUCAUGCAUAAAUUGCAAUAAUUUUGUACUUCCAACAUUUGCUGUUUGAAUUAAAACUACACCUAUCAAAGAAGCUGCAAAACAUUUUAUUUUCUCUUCGAUGUGUCUUAGUUUAACAUAAAAAUCUGAAUUCAUAAAAAUUAGAAUUAGCACCUCAUACCAAGCCGAAUACUGGCCAGAAAAAUCUAAUUGGUGCAUCACUAAAAAUAAUCUUUUUUCUCUAAAUAGAGAUAAUACAUAAGAAUUACAGAAAAUAUCAGUAGAGGUUGUUUUUUUUUACCACUAAUUAUACUAUGCUUUUCAUAAUUUUCUCAGUUAAGAUGUGUUCUUUCUCCCUUCUGUGUCAUGGCGCACCCAGAACAGGCCGCCCUGGGGAGAUAGCCAUAUCUCAAAAACCGCCACUGGAAGUGAAAGAGCAAAAAAAAAUAUAUAUAUUAUUUUCUUUUGUAACUAACACACAAAAGUAGGCCUUGCUUAUAUGAUUAUGGUCGUCUCACAGCCUUUAAAUAAAUGUGCGUGUUCUCUUCAUUAUAUGCCAAUGCAUCAGUGCAGCUAUUAUAGUUUAAAAUAGCAAUAUAAAUAAUUUUUUGUAGCUAAACAAAGGCUAUAAUGCUGCCUUUUGAGUCACAGAAACAACUCUGUAGCAUAAAGACAAUGAUGACACCAUUUCUGCGCACUCUUUAGACUUUUACAUGCAGGAUGUUGGAUGUUCUUGGUAAAUCUUUCUCUAUUUACAUUUUUAUUGCAUAUCCAUAUAUCAUAAAAAGAAGGGAACUCCGUCAGUGACUGUAUUACAAAUCUCUUAUCGUUGUUGAAAGGACUUCAUAUGUGUAUUUAUAUAGAUUAUAUUGAGAAAAAAAUCUAUCCAAUGACCAGUGUUGCUUUAGAAUAGAUAUCUGAGGUGUUUACACUGCUUGUUUAUCUUGCAAUAACUUCUUUUUGUUUCCUUUUUGUUUGUUUUUCUUUGUGAAUGAAAAAAAAAAGUUUAUGGGGCCUUUUUUGCAUGAAAGCUGCAAUUUGUUGUACUUUGGGCAAAAACAACUGUGUUUAUUAACUUUGGUCUUUAUGGACAAAAAAAGUAUGAUCGAGUUUCAGACUGUAUCCAUACCAAAUUGUGGACUUUUUUGCCUUUUUUUCAAUGUGUUUUUUUUUCUUUUGUUGUGCAUCUGCAAAAAGUGUGUGUGAAUAAAAAAAAAGAAAGAAAAAUCCACCAAACAGAAACACACUUUGCCUUAAAAGGUUCGAGUUGGAACUUUUUUUCCUGAAACAGAACUGUGCCGAAUCAGAGAAGCAGUGUUACUUCAAAUGCAGACUUACUCAAGUUUUAAUGCCUUUAUGAGAACUGCUGGUACGACAUUAUGAAUUUACUCAUCAGCGUAUAUCUAUCUAUAUAUGAACAUGUUUAAAUGAAAUUACAACACAGAGUUGUAGAAUACAAUGCUAUUUUUUAUUUUAUGUUGGAAGUAUUCUUUGGUAUAAAUGUACAUAAUUUGUAUCAUGUAUUAAUUGUGUAAUUAACUGCCUCCUGAAAAGCCGGAAAAGAGUAAAUAAAACCUUGGAGAUUAUACAUGA